AUGGAGGACGGGGAGCUGGUACGGAGGACAGGGAGCUGGUACGGAGGACGGGGAGCUGGUACGGAGGACAGGGAGCUGGUACGGAGGACGGGGAGCUGGUACAGAGGACGGGGACCUGGUACGGAGGACGGGGAGCUGUCCCCUUUCUCUCUCACGACUUUAGAACCAACAUCUGUGAACUGGAAUGUGUCUUCCAAUCGACAAGCACAUCACACAGACAAGUUCUACAGUUCAGAAUUGAUCUUGCGGAGAGGUCAGCCCUUCUUGGUCACAUUCAACUACAAUGGAAAUGUGGACUCCAGACCAAAUAUGACAUUCAUCGUCUCCACAGGGCCUUCUCCCUCAGAGUCAGCCAGGACGAAGGCUGUGUUUCAACUCUCCAGUGGCUCAAACAGUGGCUGGAGUGCACAGCUGCAGGCCAACCAGGGCAACAGCCUGAUGAUCGUCAUGUCCAGUCCUGCCAAUGCCCCCAUAGGACAUUACACACUAAGUGUUCAGAGCUCCUCCUCCGUCAGGAACCUCGGGACCUUCAUAAUCCUCUUUAACCCCUGGCUACAAGCGGAUUCUGUCUUUAUGAGUAACGCUGCUGAGAGAGAGGAAUACGUUUUACAAGAUUCUGGCAUCAUUUACGUAGGAAGCACAAAUCGCAUUGGAAUGGUUGGCUGGAACUUCGGGCAGUUUGAGCAAGACAUUCUGGGCGUUUGUCUUUCAAUCCUUGAUAGAAGCUUGAAUUUCCGCCGUGACCCUACUACCGACGUGGCCCGCAGAAAUGACCCCAAAUAUGUUGGCCGGGUGCUGAGUGCCAUGGUCAACAGCAAUGACGACAACGGUGUGCUUGCUGGGAACUGGAGUGGUAACUAUGCGGGUGGCCUGGACCCCAGGAACUGGAACGGCAGCGUGGAGAUCCUGAAGGAGUGGAAGAGGUCCAACUUCACACCUGUGCGCUUUGGACAGUGCUGGGUCUUUGCUGGGACCCUCAAUACAGUGUUGCGGGCUCUUGGGAUUCCCUCUCGAGUGAUCACCAACUUCAACUCGGCUCACGACACCGACCGAAACCUCAGCGUUGAUGUUUACUAUGACCCCAUGGGAAACCCCCUGGACAAGGGCAGUGACAGCGUGUGGAACUUCCACGUCUGGAAUGAAGGCUGGUUUACCCGAUCGGACCUGGGCCCCAUGUACAGCGGAUGGCAGGUGCUGGACGCCACUCCUCAGGAGCGGAGCCAAGGGGUGUUCCAGUGCGGCCCUGCCUCAGUGAUCGGAGUCCGCGAGGGUGACUUGGACCAGGAGUUCGACAUGCCCUUCGUCUUUGCCGAGGUGAAUGCUGACCGCAUCACCUGGAUCAUUGACAGCAGAACCAACUCUCAGAAGAAGAAUUCCUCCGACCCACGCUCUGUGGGCAAGUACAUCAGCACCAAGGCCGUGGGCAGCAACUCGCGCAUGGACGUCACGGAGAAAUACAAGUACCCAGAAGGUUCCGCCCAGGAAAGACAAGUGUUCGAAAAGGCUUUGGGGAAACUCAAACCCAACCGCUUGUUCAACCCAACCUCAGCAGAGAGCUCCGAGGGAGAGGACCGGGCACCCAGCAUCUCUGGGAAGUUCAAGGUCAAUGGCAUCCUGGCAGUGGGCCAGGAAGUCAACCUGUCCCUGCUGCUGAAAAACCUGACAAGUGACAUGAAGACAGUGACUGUGCACAUGACGGCCUGGACCAUCGUCUACAACGGCACGCUGGUGCAUGAGGUGUGGAAGGACUCUAGCACCAUAGCCCUGGACCCUGAAGAAGAAACGCAGUACCCUGUGAAGAUCUCUUACGCUCAGUACGAGAAGUACCUGAAAGCCGACAACAUGAUCCGCAUCACGGCCGUGUGCAAGGUCUCCGAUGAGGGAGAGGUGGUGGUGGGGCGGGAUGUCAUCCUGGACAACCCCGCCCUGACCCUGGAGGUGCUGGACCAAGCGCGGGUGAAGAAGCCCGUGAAUGUCCAAAUGCUCUUCUCCAACCCCCUGGAUGAGCCUGUGAAGAACUGUGUGCUAAUGGUGGAGGGAAGCGGCCUGCUACGGGGCAACCUCAAGAUCGACGUGCCAACCCUGCGUCCCAAGGAGCGCUCCCGGGUCCGUUUUGAGAUCCUGCCCACCCGGAGCGGCACCAAGCAGCUGCUCGCCGACUUCUCCUGCAACAAGUUCCCAGCGAUCAAGGCCAUGCUGUCUAUCGACGUGACUGAGUGA